CUCUGUUUCAGUGAUGAAUGAGAUUCAGAAGAGUUGUAAGUUCAAAUUGCAACUCUCUGGAGUUUGGAAGACUCCCUGUCUAUCCACUUUCCACCUGUCAAGACUUGCAUAGCUUUCAGAACAAGCAAGAGCAAUUCAGUUUCUUUUUUUUGUGGAGAAGAAGUGAGAAGCAACUCAAGAAAAUGAUUCUGAUGAUUUUUUUAGUAACGUUGAUCAUGGAAUCUGCCCCUGAGAAGCUGUGUCCCCUUCGUGCCUCCAUUGAUAUUCUAGAAGGGGAAUAUUUUUUCCUUUGUUAUCUUGAGUCAAGGCAAGAACAUUGUCAGGAAGAAUCAUAUACAAUAAACUGGUACAAAGAAAGUGCUGGCAAGCAGCAAGUGAUAAAGGAAACACGCAGAAUUGUUACGCAAAUGAAUUUUCUGGAGUUUUGGCCAGCUGAACUCAGUGACUCUGGGAAUUACUCUGUCAUUCACAGCAAUGGAAAAAAAAAUGUCACAAUUCAAAAGUGGACACUGAAUGUACUUGAAAGAAAUAAAAGUAGCUGUUUCAAUGAAAAUCAUUUAACUACAGAAAUUAAAAGUGCUGGAACUGGUCAUUCACUGAAAUGCAGCGAUUUGUCUGUCUAUGAAAAUGACAGCAUAACAUGGUAUAAGGACUGUAAGAAUUACGAACAUGAAACAGAGAGGGAACUACAUUUUAGAGCCUUAACAGUACAGGACUCUGGGAUAUAUACCUGUAAAAUUCUAAUCAGUCAUGAAGGAAUGAUAUACCACAGCACAAAUACAAUUAAACUUGUAGUAGAAGAAGAUGCACCAGAGUCUUUCUCUUUGGAGAUAGUUGGACGUGAUGAAGAAAUUGAAACAGAAAUAGGACCUCAGAUGCUAAUUUUCCUUCCUUCCUAUCAGUACUGCUUGGCAAGUCCAUUUCCCAUGCCUUCCAACCUCCCAGAAGGCCCUUCCUGCACAUUUCCUCCUCGUUAUUGUGCUUGUCCCAGCCCUUAG